AUUUUUGUGGUAUGGGCCGGGUAAGUUUGACCAAACCCAAUUAAGCCCAUAUUAGCUUUUAUAUGUGGGGAGGGUUGUAUAGUUUGGGCCUGAGAAAAAGCAGGAUAUGUCUUCAAAACUAAAAACGCACCGUUUUGGUUGACGUUCUGGAUGAAUAGUAAAUACAUUGGCUCUUUUUAUACAUGUAGGUAUAAUUUCCUGGGAUAUCUAUAGCGAACGAUCUGAAGCUGAAGGUGGUCUAAUUUCAUCUACCACAUUGGAUAUAACUGAAGAGCAUUUUCGGCACUUUACUUCUCUCAUAAAGGAUUCUCAACCUCUAAUCAUCAACCAAUACAGAUUUAUUAUAUAUUAAGAGAGCAAGCAGCAAAGAUGACAAGUGUGAAGGUGAAAGACAUAGUACCUGCAGCUCAGAACAACAUAAACACAGAGUUCAUACUGUUGGAAAAAGGAAAAACAACAACAGAAGGUCAAAACAAGACAUGCUUGUCGCUUGUGGCGGAUGAAACGGCAGCAGUUCACUUCCAGUUGUGGGGAGAGGAAUGUCAAGCCUUUGAGGCUGGAGAUAUCAUUCGAUUGUCCAAAGGGAUUUUCUCUUACAACAGAAAUAGCCUUGUGUUGAGGGCAGGCAAGAGAGGAAAAGUUGAGAAGGUGGGUGAAUUCACCAUGGCUUUUGUUGAGACACCAAACAUGAGUGAAAUCCGUUGGAUUCCUGAUCCAACUAAUUCCAACAAAUACAUUCAACAAGAUAUCCUUUCUACCCAUUCACGCAUCUUUCCACCAAAAUAUUAGUAAUCUUUUUUUCAAGUAAAACACCACUAUUUGUCUUGAUUUGUAAUAAAGACCAUCUUCUAGUAACUCUUCCUAUUUCUGAGAUAUGCUUACAAUGUCAA